AAAGACCGACUCCAGCUAAGCAAGAGGCACAGCAGCAGUGGCAGAAGCAGACAGGAGCAGCUGGUAUUCCGGUGAUUAAAUAGUUCUCAUAGCCUUUUUGCUGUACCCGGUCUGCUCCCUGGGGUAAGGCUCGUGUCCGAGAAGGAAGCUGCAUUUUAACGGUGUACUGAACAGAGGUCUGAAUCAUUCCAGCUGGCUGCUUGUUUUGAAAAGGACAAUGUGUGUAUAAAUAAAAAGACUGCUGGAAGGGUCCAGACACCAGCACCGGAGCUGAGGAGUGCUCUCAGAAUCCUGUUGAGGCAGAUGGCACGAACUGAAAGCUCCGCUAAUUAACGUGGAGCCAAGUAAUCCUGAAUUCUGGAUAUCUCAUUUUCUAACUCCGGAUAAAUUCAAGUUAGCAAAAGAAAAAAAAAUAUUGAAAUGCUUCUCUAGAUAAUGCUUAAAGGACCCUGCAGCAGUUCUUGGUAUUGGACAUAGCAUCUCAGCUGUUGCCUCCUGGUCCGCUGACUACCAGAUUUGACUCAUUUGUGAUUCCUUCGAGAAUCUCCCAUGAUUUGCAAUGGUUACAUGAAUGUUUGGGAAGGAAAACUGGCAACAUCUUAGUAUAUGUUCUCCAUGGCACAUUAGGGAAAGAAGCCAGAAAAGGCUCCCAACGCAUUGAUUUUUAAAAUGAAUCUUAUUUUAAAGUUUCGAAGAAGCUUUCGAACACUGAUUGUUCUCUUAGCUACUUUUUGCUUGGUGAGCAUCAUCAUUUCUGCCUACUUCCUGUACUCUGGCUACAAACAGGAAAUGACACUUAUUGAAACUACUGCAGAAGCAGAGUGUGCUGACAUCAAAAACCUCCCUUAUCGAUCUAUAGAGCUGAGAACCAUCAAGCCAAUUGAUACAUCCAAAACUGACCCCACUGUCCUUCUCUUUGUAGAGAGCCAGUAUUCGCAACUUGGUCAAGAUAUUAUAGCAAUCUUGGAGUCCAGUCGGUUUCAAUACCAGAUGGUCAUUGCUCCAGGCAAGGGAGACAUACCACCUCUUACCGAUAGUGGCAAAGGGAAGUACACAUUGAUUAUUUAUGAAAAUAUUCUGAAGUACGUCAGCAUGGACUCAUGGAACCGGGAGCUUUUAGAAAAAUACUGUAUAGAAUACAGUGUUAGCAUAAUUGGUUUUCAUAAAGCCAAUGAGAACAGUUUACCAACUACACAACUGAAAGGGUUUCCUUUGAACUUAUUCAAUAACGUAGCUCUGAAGGACUGCUCUGUGAACCCCCAGUCUCCUCUGCUCCAUAUUACCAAAGGCCCCAAAGUUGAAAAGGGACCUCUUCCUGGGGAAGACUGGACAAUUUUCCAAUAUAACCAUUCUACCUACCAGCCAGUGCUUUUAACUGAGUUACAGUCAGAAAAGUCCCUCUCUUUCUUGUCCAGCCAAACACUUUAUGCGACAAUUAUUCAGGACUUGGGGCUUCAUGAUGGGAUCCAGCGAGUUCUUUUUGGUAACAACUUGAACUUUUGGUUGCACAAGCUCAUUUUCAUAGACGCCAUCUCUUUCUUGUCGGGGAAGAGGUUGACACUGUCCUUGGACAGGUACAUCCUUGUGGACAUUGAUGACAUAUUUGUGGGGAAGGAGGGCACGAGAAUGAAUGUCAAAGAUGUGAAGGCAUUACUAGAGACUCAAAAUUUACUGCGCACUCAGGUUGCAAAUUUUACCUUCAACCUUGGAUUUUCAGGGAAGUUUUACCACACAGGAACCGAAGAAGAGGAUGAAGGUGACGACCUUCUGCUGAGGUCUGUGGAUGAAUUCUGGUGGUUUCCUCACAUGUGGAGUCACAUGCAGCCUCACCUCUUUCACAAUGAAUCAUCUUUAGUGGAACAGAUGAUUCUCAACAAAGAAUUUGCCCUGGAACAUGGAAUUCCGAUCAACCUGGGCUAUGCAGUGGCCCCACAUCACUCAGGGGUCUACCCAGUCCAUAUUCAGCUGUAUGCAGCUUGGAAGAAAGUCUGGGGUAUUCAGGUCACCAGCACUGAAGAGUACCCACAUCUGAAACCUGCACGGUACAGGAAGGGCUUCAUUCAUAAUAGCAUCAUGGUCCUCCCUCGACAGACCUGUGGGCUGUUCACACAUACUAUUUUCUACAAGGAGUAUCCAGGAGGACCUCAAGAAUUGGAUAAAAGUAUCAAAGGAGGUGAACUCUUCCUCACAAUCCUUCUAAAUCCAAUCAGCAUUUUCAUGACACAUCUGUCUAACUAUGGGAAUGACCGCCUCGGCUUGUACACCUUUGUGAACUUGGCCAACUUUGUGCACAGCUGGACCAACUUGAAACUGCAGACCCUGCCUCCAGUGCAACUGGCUCACAAGUACUUCGAGCUCUUCCCUGAGCAGAAAGACCCUCUCUGGCAGAAUCCAUGUGAUGAUAAACGGCACAAAGACAUCUGGUCCAGGGAGAAAACCUGUGAUCAUUUACCGAAAUUCCUUGUGAUUGGGCCACAGAAAACAGGAACAACUGCACUUUAUUUAUUUCUUCUAAUGCACCCCUCCAUCAUCAGCAAUCUUCCUAGCCCCAAAACCUUUGAAGAAGUUCAAUUUUUUAAUGGCAACAACUAUCACAAGGGAAUUGAGUGGUAUAUGGACUUUUUCCCCACUCCUUCCAACAUUACCAGUGAUUUCCUAUUUGAAAAGAGUGCUAACUACUUCCACUCAGAAGAGGCUCCGAAGAGGGCUGCAUCUCUUGUUCCCAAAGCCAAGAUCAUCACGAUCCUCAUAGACCCCUCGGACAGGGCAUAUUCUUGGUACCAGCACCAACGAUCUCAUGAAGAUCCAGCUGCCCUGAGGUUCAAUUUCUAUGAAGUUAUCACAACAGGACAUUGGGCCCCUCCUGAUUUAAAAACAUUGCAGAGGAGAUGUCUGGUGCCUGGGUGGUAUGCAGUGCACAUAGAAAGAUGGCUGGCCUACUUUUCUACUUCCCAGUUGCUAAUUAUUGAUGGACAACAGCUGAGAUCUGACCCAGCUACUGUGAUGGAUGAAGUCCAGAAGUUUCUAGGAGUUACACCUCAUUAUAAUUACUCGGAAGCACUAACGUUUGAUCCCCAGAAAGGCUUUUGGUGUCAGCUACUAGAAGGAGGAAAAACCAAAUGCCUUGGGAAAAGCAAAGGCAGAAAAUACCCGCCCAUGGAUUCUGAGUCCAGAACUUUCCUCUCCAGUUACUACCGCGACCACAACGUGGAGCUCUCGAAGCUGCUGCACAGGCUGGGGCAGCCUCUGCCCUCGUGGCUGAGACAGGAGCUGCAGAAAGUGAGGUAGCAGUCACGAGGAGAACAUGGCACCGAAUCACCAUUAAGUAGAAAAGGCAAACCAAGCAACUCUAUCCUUUUCAUACGCGUGUGAUUAUCAGGAGAGGACUGUGAAUAAAUUCCUAUCGAUGUUUUCUGUCAAAUGAAAACAUAUAUGCACGCAUUGGCAAUUAUUAGCAUUAUUCUUUACUUAAGGCUUUUGGAAAUAAAAUACGGGGUUUGCGGCAAUAUCUUGUGUCUAGUCUGGGGAUCACCAUACAGCUCACUUCCUCUGUCAUCCAGAUUUCAGGUCACCACUUCACUAAUGCUCUGACUGUAUGCAAAUUACCAUCUUAAACUUUGAGGAAAAGAUAAGGACUAAAAAGUCUAAAAUGAAUUCAGGUUUAACCCAGUGUCUGAAUGAAGGGCUAAUGUUUCUAAGCAUCAUUUAUCCGUUGGUCCAGCUUCCCCUUGUAAGGGGGGCUCCAUUUUCACCAAGCAUCCCAGGUUAUGGCAAUGGCAUGCCAUCCUCAGAAAACUCCAACAUGGCCUCUGGAGAGCCCCAGUGAAUUGGGAGAGUGUGACUCUGAACUGUAGUACCCUAGAAAGUGAGGGCCAUCUUUAGUGGGCUCAUGGUCUUGCUACAGUAUCAGUCUAGAUUCUCCUACCUUGGCAGUGAUUGAGCAUUUAUAUAUAUUUUGUUCAGUAUUCUAAAUAGGGAGGAAAAAAACUUUAUUGACAAGAAAUGUAAACAUCUAGAUGUAUUUGCAGAUCUAAACAGGCAUUGAGCCUUCUCUGUAAGACAUAUGUCCAUCUAUUUGCAAGCAUGAUGUUUUAUAUAUGCCACUACAUCUACUAUGACAAAGUUUUACUCUCUGUGUUUAAAACCAUUUAAAACUUACAUUAUACUGCAAACUUACCAAUUUGAACAUCACUAAUUCUCUUACUUGAACUCAAUUUCAUAGACAUAAAACUCAGAAAUUAAUUUUAAAAGAUGUUUUAUUUUGUUUUGAGUUACAAGUUCCUAUAGUAUUUGAAGGCUAUGUAAGCCACAUUAACUGGAAUUUUAUCCUCUUUGUCAACAAUGAUCUAGAAAAGCUUAAUUUAUCUUUUGAGUGAUACAUGAAGGUAAAUUUACUAUAACAGUCAACCAAGGUGACUUUGGAAACAUUACCCACAAAUCUCCCUCCUCCUGAGCAAUUUUUCUAGAGGCUGUAAAUAAUAACAUCAUUUAUUCUCGCUUUAAUUCAAAAGACACAUGUAGUCUUUUUUAUUUUAGUGUGUGUGU